AACCCUCCCAACCUUACAUUUUCUUUUUCAACAAAAUAAAUAAAUAAAUGAAAAUAAGGAGCUCCUAUAGAGAGAGAUCCAGAUAGGGAGAGAGAGGCAAGGGGAAAGGCAAAUUAAUAUUGCAUUAAUUAAAUUAUUAUCAAUCCCAUAAAAAUUAACUCCUGAUUAAUUGAAGCUGAAAUUUAAGGAUCCCCAAGGCAAUGGAGAUGUUACAACUUUUGGUACCAACUAGUAUAUAAUUAGAUUCAAACCAAGUAUCCCUCUAAUUCAUCAGUCUUAAUCUUUUGUUUUUUCGCGUUUAUUAGAUAUCAGUUGGAAAAAGUGGAACGGGAGAAGAUGAAGAUGAGGAGGAGUAGUUGUUGUCCUAACAAUGUUUUUUACCUUGUGGUGGUACUGGUGAGCAUCAGUGUUUCGUGCAACUUCACGCCUGCCCAAUCCCGGAAGUUACUCCAUCCCGCCAACACCAGGUUGCCUAUCUCGGCUAUCGAUCAUCAUCAUUUGACCAGGGAAAAUAAGUUACUGUUCAGCGGAUUGGGGGGCGGAGGUGGUGGUGGUGGCGGCGGAGGAGGCGGUAGCGGCGGUGGCAUGGGAUGGGGAUUCGGGUUGGGUUAUGGUGGCGGCAUUGGAGGUAGCGGUGGAGGAUUUGGAAUGGGUGGUGGAGGUGGGAUUGGAAUCGGAGGAGGGAGCGGGUUCGGCGGGGGAUUCGGGUACGGCGGCGGCGGAGGAUUGUUUGGGCCGUUUGGAGGAAGUGGAAUCGGUGGCGGAGCUGGCGGUGGCUUCGGUGGAGGGUUGCAUUUAAAAGCAAAAAAGGAAUAGAUUGCGAGAGAGAGUUAGAGAGUGCUCACAUACAACCAACAUUAACACUUUGUGGACUGUGGAUCCUAUACCUCAUUAAUCAAAUAAUUUUUACUAGCACCAACUUAUGUUAUGAUGAUGAUGAGUAGUACUAAUAUAUAUUCCACUUAUAGGCAAGUUUCUUUAAUACUCUUUGUCAAUGUGUGUGUGUGUGUGUGUGUGUUUUUCUACCGAACAAGAACAAAAGAAAUGCUUUUGAAAUAAUCG